AUGUGUCAUUUUAUUUGGAAAGACAACCAGUGCCAGGCGUGCGGCCAGUUCUUUGAUCGCAAACUUGUUUCCUGCAACCAGGCACAAACGUGCAAGCGUAAGGCUUGCGGCAGGGUCUACUUCCGAGAGAACGAUGCCGAUUUCAAAUGUCAACAGUGUUUGGUAACGGAAGCACCUUGGAAGAGGGUGAAGCCAUUGGAAAGUCAGAACAACGAAGAGUACUACAGCGAUGAUUCUGGGGACGAAGACUAUGAGGAAUCUGAUGGCAGCCUUUCGGACAACGAUGAAAGUACCGAUGACGACGGCGACUACGAAGACAACAGAGGUAACAGGCCUUUGAAAAGAAGCUUUCAGGAUGCAGGUUUCAAACUUCCUCAGAGGGAAAUGCAGAAGAGAAAAUGCCGAGGAGAUAGGGUCAAAAGCCUGUUGCUCAACUAA